GCUUCCCUCAGUCGUUUUGACAUCUCGUAUGCUUCCCAUUGUUGUUCUGCUCAUUUUGUAUGCUUCCCGUUAUCAUUUUCUCCCUUUUGUAUGCGUAUUGUGCCCUUUUCUACGCUGCUUGUAGUUGUUUUGCACCAUUUCGCAUCCUUCCUAUAUUCGUUAGGCCCCAUUUCGCAUGCUUUCCUAAAGUGGCUUUGGGUGAUUUUGUACGUUUGCACUAUUUUUGUUUGCAUCCCUUAGUCGAUUUGUGCCAUUCUGUAUGCUUUUUGCCAGAUUUUGUUUUGAUUAUUAUUUUUUUUUUGUCUGCAGACAACAAAGAGCGGUGGCGUACAUGGUUACCGCCGCACUUUGUUGUUGUAGUAGCAUGUUUACAAAAAGAGGAGUUACCUCGGACUCCCCUCGGCUCCCCCUAUUCACGCGCGGAAUCUCAUUGUUUCUCUUCCCCCCCCCCCGAGAACAUCAUUCAAGCUGGUGUUUUAGGGCAGAAGGGAGGCUCCCACUUCAUUAGAGCUGUCGCUGGGGGUGCGAGCGAGGGCACCGGGGGUUCUACGUCUUGUGGCCGCCAUUCGGCAGUCGGCGGCGGCGGCGGCGGCGAAACGUUCCCAGGGGAGACAAGAUGGCCAGUUUGCUUUGCGCCUGGUUGCUACUCACCUUGACGGCCGUCUCCUUCCAAACUGAUCUGCGGACAUACGAGGAAGAGAUGAACGAAACGGUCAUUUGCACCAACGACCACAUGGAAGCGGUCAUUCCCAGUGCUUUCUUCCUGCACAAAGUCCCCCCCGUCUACGUCUGGGACUUGCAUCUAAAUGACCCCGAUUGUCGAGGCGCGGAAGUGGGCGACGACUACGUCUUCAGCAUUAAGAGCAAUCUGUCCCACUGCGGGAGCAUCAUGAUGUCGGACGCCACUCACAUCCUGUUCAUCAACACCAUACACAGCAACCACACUGACGUCAUCACCAGGAAUUACAUCAACAUUACGUUUGUGUGCCGCUACCCCAUCAACUACAUGGUACAGCAGCCCAACGGGGAAAACAUGAUACGCGUGGACGUCAGGACCAUCAUGCUCAGCACGGAGGACGGAAACUUCUCCGUGUCCAUGCUGCUGUACAAGGACGAGGCCUUUGAGGACAAGUGGACCACCGUGCCCUCGCUCACCCUGGACGACGACAUCUUCGUCAAAGUGUUCAUGAUUCCGACUCACCUAAUGUUACGCAUGGAGAGAUGCUGGGCCACACCCACCAGGGAUCCCUAUAGCCACAUUCAGUACACCUUCAUUAGGGACAGCUGCCCCGUGUUGACAAACCAGCAGACCCUGAGCGUGCUGAAGAACGGCCAGGGUGCGGAGGCCAUGUUCAGGAUCCAAAUGUUCAAGUUCGUGGGCAGCUCCUACACAAACGUCUUUCUGCACUGCAACGUCCGCAUCUGCCACAACGGCCCCGGCCUGUGCCAGCCCAACUGCUCGGCUGAAGAUGUGCUGAUGAGGACGCGGCGAGACAUCCCGCUUUCCCACACAGUGUCCUACGGUCCCAUCAGACGACGACCGAACGACAGCGAGAAUCCCCGUUUACGCGUAGGUGGACUCCCUCCGGUGGAGACUUUUAUCCUCGGGGGGCUCCUGGUGGUCCUGCUGCUGCUCACGGGGGUCUUUGGGAGACUGUGGAUUCGUUCCAGACGCUUCUACCCGGCGGCGCGGGAGGCUCAGCUCACCUUGUCCAACAUGCAGCACAUCUCCGAAGUUGCCUCGUGAGUCGGCGGAACCCAAAAGCAUUCCGCCUCACUUUUAAUUCAAGAGUUUCAAUUAAAUGUCCUCUGUAAUUAAUACUCAAGUGAAGCACUGAAAUACCUCAUUGUAGCAUUUUGUACCAGUUUUUCUGUAUCGUGUGUGUAUUGUUGGCAGAUUAGAAAUGACAUCUAAUGUACCUCACAUCGAAUAAAAUAAUUCAAAUUGUUUUUAGUGAACAAAAGUCGUUAUCAAACUACAUACGUAUGUAUGGUGAAAGGGGAAAAAAAAACCUCGAGGACAAAGGAUAACAAAAUGGUUUUUUUUUAAAGUUUUUUUCCUUUUACGCUUCAAAUUUCAGUUGGAAUUUUGAAAAAAAAUGGCCAGAACAUUGCAAAAUAUUUUAUUUACUUUUCAAAUGUUUAUUUGUAUGGAAAAAAAAAAAAAAACAUUUUCAAUCCAAAGUUUGUCAAAAAUAUUUCUGUUCCAAUACAGAAGUAUUUGAUAUUUUUCCAUUCAAAAUUUUGAAAUCUAUAAAUAUUUGUAAUCUCCAAAUUUUAUGUAAUAAAAAAGUUGCAUUUCUGAAAUAUUUAAAGUUUGUAGUUGUCAUGUGUGGGUGUGGGCGGGCCAAAAAGUUAUUUUUAGAUUAGGAAUUUUUGUGACAGCCACGGAACCUGACAAAAUGUUGGAAAAUCAAAUGUUUCUAAUAAGAUUAAGAUUCAUUUUACAAGGAAUUCUUAAGAGAUCAAAAGAGUCGGAAUUAUAGGAGACACUUUUUCCUUAUUAAAAAAAAAAAAAGAUUUAUCAAAUGUAUCAAGUUGCAUUGUUGUCAUCGUUUGACAACUGAAAAUAACAACACAAGGAAGCAGAAGGCCUAAAUGGAUGUCAGGAGGAGGAAGAGGAGGGAAGAUGUCUUCCUCCUUUCAUCAACAGAA